AUGUCGGGACACCGGGCAGGGAAUGCCGCGGUCCUGGAAGUCCCCGCGCUGCCGGGCUCAGCCCCCGCGGCCGCCACGCUGGGACUGGCAGAGCUGCAGGGAGAGAAGGAGUCUCUGAGCAAGCUCCACAUGGAGGGUUUCCGCAGCCUGAAGGAGGGCGAAGCUGUCGAGUUCACCUUCAAGAAAUCAUCCAAAGGUUUGGAGUCCAUCCGGGUGACCGGCCCCGGGGGCGUCUUCUGCAUCGGCAGCGAGAGGAGGCCCAAAGGGAAGAGCCUCCAGAAGCGCAGAUCGAAAGGAGACCGGUGCUACAACUGUGGCGGGCUGGACCACCACGCCAAGGAGUGCAAGCUCCCGCCGCAGCCCAAGAAGUGCCACUUCUGCCAGAGCAUCAGCCACAUGGUCGCCAACUGCCCCGCGAAAGCACAGCAGUCCCCCAGCUCGCAGGGAAAGCCCGCCUACUUCCGAGAGGAGGAGGACAUGCACAGCUCGGCCCUCCUCCCCGAGAGCCGGGAAUGA